AUGCAUGUUUGGUCCUUUGAAAUAGGUCUUUUGGAGCAUUCUGGAGCAUAUGGGACGAAGGAGCAUGGAGGGACUUGGCACAUGGACGCAGCUCAACUGGAUACGCAAAGGAAGAAGGGAGAAGCCAUCUUGAAGACCAGCUCGACCGUCUACUCGACCAACCGGUCGAGUUCCUCAACUCGACCGGCCAAGCUUCAACUCGAUCGAGCUGAGAAGUCAACAGUCAAACCCGAAAAAUGUUGCUUCCCCCUUGACUUUCCUUUGACCCUAAACCUAAUCCUCUUGUAUUUAAAGGCUCUAAGCCACGAAAAAACCACCAAGCUUUAG